CCGGAGGGCGGAAGUGAGAAAGUUGCCGGCGUCCCGAGACGAGUUAGCGGAACUCUGCGCGCGGCGCGGCGAUGGGGGGCUCGGGCAGUCGUCUGUCCAAGGAGCUGCUGGCCGAAUACCAGGACUUGACGUUCCUCACCAAGCAGGAAAUCCUCCUAGCCCACAGGCGGUUCUGUGAGCUGCUUCCCCAGGAGCACCGGAGCGUGGAGGAGUCACUGCAUGCCCGAGUGUCCUUGGAGCAGAUCCUCAGCCUUCCAGAGCUCAAGGCCAACCCCUUUAAGGAGCGAAUCGGCAGGGUCUUCUCGACGUCCCCCACCAGAGACAGCCUGAGCUUUGAGGACUUCCUGGACCUCCUCAGCGUGUUCAGUGACACGGCCACACCAGACAUCAAGUCCCACUACGCCUUCCGCAUCUUCGAUUUUGAUGACGACGGAACCUUGAACAGAGAAGACCUGAGCCGGCUGGUGAACUGCCUCACGGGAGAGGGCGAGGACACGCGGCUCAGCGCUUCAGAGAUGAAGCAGCUCAUUGACAAUAUCCUGGAAGAGUCCGACAUUGAUCGGGACGGGACCAUCAAUCUCUCUGAGUUCCAGCACGUCAUUUCCCGGUCACCGGACUUUGCCAGCUCCUUCAAAAUCGUCCUGUGACAGGAGACCCCGCCUGCUGCCCGGUGCCCUGUAGAAUGGCCUCUCCACUGCCGAGCGUGGCCAAGGUGGCGUCGGUGUCACCAGGGCCGGCCAGGCUGGCCCGGUCGAGCUGGCACCGUGAAGUCUUGUCCCGGGCAGGGGAGGACCCUCCACGUCAGGGCCUCACCCCUUCUCCUUGCUGUCAUCAUCGCUGUUUGUUUCUACUAAUCAAUAAUAA